AUUUCUGGAAGUAGGUUGAAAAAGGUGGUAGUGCGGAGGGAAGGGGGUCGUAGUCGUAAUCACCUUUGCUAUACGGUGGGACUUUUCUGUUGCCAUUCGAGGUGGUAGUUACUAGUGUGGUGGCAAAAGUAAUAAACAACGCGAUGUUAACGUCCGUGCAACUUUACCUUUUCAUCUAUAAUAUUUUGCAAAGCUGCGGGUGGAGCGUAAUUUUAUGGAAUACUCUAUGUGGUUUAUUACGGAAUGAAAGCUAUCAGCAACUAUAUGAGUCGUGUGAGCUACAACUGCAGAUUUUCCAAACAGCUGCAGUACUUGAGAUUGUUCAUGCUGCUGCUUGUUUUGUUCGAUCACCCGUCGGAACCACAUCAAUGCAAGUAUUCUCACGUGUUUCGCUUGUGUUUAUCUUAUACAAGGUUAUAUCGGCACAAAGAAGUACUGGUGUGCUGUUUAUGUUGGUAGCAUGGUCGGUGACCGAAGUAGUACGAUACAGCUACUAUGGACUCGCUUUAAUUAAUGCUGUAUCAAACUUUCAUACAUGGCUAAGAUACUCUCUUUUUAUUGUAUUGUAUCCUCUGGGUGUAAUUGGUGAGCUUCUGAUAGUCCUGGCUGCUCUUCCUGAGGUCAGUGCAAAAAAGCAUCUCACUGUGGAAUUGCCAAAUAUAUUUAAUAUUGGCUUCUCUUUCUGGUGGUAUCUUAUCAUCUAUAUUAUUUUAUAUAUACCAGGGUUUCCACAAAUGUACAUGUAUAUGUUUAAACAGCGAAAAAAGGUCCUUUCAGUGGAAGUUAGCAAAAAGUGCAGUUAACUAUCUUGUCAGUUCUUGUGUUUUUUUGCAUGGAAACCGCUGAAUGAUCUGUGAAUGAUGUAUCAGUCUACUACGACUCACCCUUGUUAUCACUUCAGUUUUUUCAUGUACUUUGUGUAAUUUUGAUACAGUCCUUGAAUAACAUUGUUUCUUGUUUUGGCUCCUGUUCUGUAUUGCAGUAUUCUAUAAUGACGUUCCAAAAGCUUUAAAAGUCCAGUAUGUCUCUGUCUCAAAAUAUACCGGAAAUUACAAACUCA